AGUACUUUACUUUAUCAAUACACAGACACAGACGUCACCGCCUUCUAGAACAGCUUUCCAGUAAUCUCAUUGGUUGAAACCUUUUCUAGAAUUACGUGAUCAUUACUGCCGAAACUAAAGAAGUUAUCAACAAUAUCUUGGAAGAAAAGAAGAGUGAAGAUCUGCCCGCCUUCCUUGAGGAAAAGAAAGAAAUAAUUGAAGCUCUUGAGUCCUAUGAUAGUAAUGAAGUCCCCACAUUGCUUGACAAGUUGAGUCUUAGCCUUCUUAAGAAAUACGAUGACUUGGGUUGUAUGGAACAGGAUAUCUUGAAGCUUUCUCUGUCAAGAAUUAUAGAUUUGGUUGAUGAAGAUAUUGCUGAAUAUUUCAAGCAGCAUAUUCCUGUACAUCAUUUUGGCAUGUGGUCAAACCUAAAAACAGAUAACGAACUUACUGAAGAAGAACAAGCCAAGCUCAAAAAAAUUGCUCAAGAUUUUGUCCAACGUGUUCAAAGUAACUUGAAAGCAGCAAGAAAGUAUAUACUUUUGAAAAGAGUUGAUUAUGAAGAAGAACAAGAAUGCUCCUUGGAGGCAAAGGCCUAUGAAAUUAUCGACAAUAUUAACACUUUGAUGAAAGACAACAACAACAAUCAUGUCCAAGAAGCCGAUCAUGUUGCUUUUGUAAAACAAUUGUUUCGAAUCGUAUUUCGUGACGCAAACUUAAAGAUAGCAAUUGGAGAAACUGUAGCAGCAGUAACAAAACCAUUCAUAACAUACAAUGAGAGCAGCUUCUCAAAUUCCAAGGACAGUAUUUUUAUCUCUAAAUCGACUUCAUUUCGUCUUGCUCAUACUUCUUCUUCAAGAAAAAAAAGCUACACUGGACGAAAAAUUGAUCUCAAGAUUAUUGGUGACGAUGACCAGGAGCUCUCUUUCUGGGAGUUUAAGACAAGAAACGCAAACCAGAAGUCUCUGCAACAUCAAGAAUCAAAGACGUUGAGAUUAACGCAAUGUCUUCAAAAAUCACUGAAGUCUGCCUUCGAUUUGAAAAAGGACAUUAUGUCUAUUACUUGGUCUGGCUGGUCGGGCACAGUUUGCCAACUGUAUGAAAAAGAAGACUUUUAUGUGGCAAAAAAGGUAGCUACUUUGGCCAUACCAUAUGAUCAAAGACUAAUUCAAACAAAAUUGGAGAGCUUCCUUCUCUUCAUCUUCGAAAUCAAGGCGUCCUUGCGUUCCUUAAAUAAUGCAAUUUUUUUGGAAUCUAGUACGAAAACAACCAAGAGAAAGACAUAUGAUGACAUGCCUCACAUUAUGCUUUCACCAAAGCGUGUCUAAUAAGAAAUUUGUAUAUUUGUCUUAUUUGCUUUAUUCCUAAAGAAGAAAUAAUCACUCAUUUUGUACGGACUUCU